AUGGAGCCAUGCAAUGCAAACAAGGUGGUUGGCUCCUCCACCACCAACAAGAUUAGUGGUCUGCAAAGAACGGUAUCUGACAUAAGCGUAACCUUCGAACGAAACAAAGAAGCAGCACAGUUUGGAAGCAUGUCGGAGUUAGACAAUGCCAAAUGUGAGUGUUGCGGAAUGUGUGAGGAAUGCACACGCGAGUACAUAAAGCGCGUGCGUGAGAUGUUCUCAGGGAAGUUAAUAUGCGGGUUGUGUGCUGAAGCGGUGAAGGUGGAGAUGGAGAAGAAUGGUGGAGAGCGAGAGAAAGCUGUGAAUGUGCAUAUGAGCGUUUGCGUGAAGUUCAAUAGGCUUGGUAGGUCAUAUCCUGCUUUGUAUCUUGUUCAGGAUGUCAAAGAGAUAUUGAAGAAGAUUUCAAGAAAAACUUCUAACUUCUAA